AUGGACAAGUGCACGCAGUGCAACAAGUGCAGUCUGAUCUGUCCGCAUGCGGCCGUGCGGCCGUUCCUGAUGACAAAUCAGGAGCUGGGCAAGGCUCCAGCUGCAUUCAAGGACGGAAGCCGCGCUGCCAUUGGAGGUGGAGUGCUGGACAACUACCAGUAUCGCAUCCAGGUCUCCCCAUGGGACUGCACGGGUUGCGAGCUCUGCGUCCGCAUUUGCCCGGCCGACGCCUUGUCACUGAAGCCAGCUGCAGAGAUGAUUCAGCAGGAGGAGCCGAACUGGAACUUUGCAAUCACUCUGCCUGACCGCGGCGAGGAAAUCGACAAGACCACGGCUUUCAAGCAGCGCCGCGACUACCUGGCCAUGCAGGUCGAGGCUGCCCUGACGGACGAGUCCGUACCCAUGUCCGAGGAGCUGCGCCAGGCCCUGAAGCAGUACCUGGUCAUGCGCCAGGAGCAAAUGCAUGAUCUCCUGCUCCCCCGGGGCCGCAGCAUCUACCACCAGAUCAUGGAGAAGCUGGUGCCCCUCCUUGAGAAGGACCGGCACGCGCACCCGAAGAUCAAGGCGCUCUAUGACCUGCUGCUCAGCUGCAUGACAG